AUGACCACCAAAGCUUUCCGUGUUUUGGAAUUUAUAAGACGUCACUCAUCCAAUUUCAGUUCAACCAAUUGCCUUCUGGCUCUCUAUUAUGCAUUAGUCCGUUCGGUUAUUGAAUAUGGGUCUGUUGUUUGGUCACCAUAUACCGCAGUUGAUAUUUGUCGGAUUGACCGUGUUCGAAAUAGUUUUAUGCGUUUCGCCGGACAUCGCCUCAACAUCCCCCAUUCACCACAUGAUUAUGGGCCAAUAAGUCAAGCUCUGAGACUUGAUUCCCUUUCGGUUAGGCGUGAUAAUUUUGGUAUCACUUUUAUUCAGGGUUUGAUCGAAGGUCGAGUUGAUGCACCAAGGCUUCUUGGAGAACUUAGUUUUCGUAUUCCUAGUAAUACUAGGCUUCAGUCUAAUUUUUAUAUACUCACCAAUAAAUCUAAUUUCUCCAGGAAUUCCCCACUUUUAAGAAUGAUGCAUAAUGCAAAUAAUAAUAUAGAUUAUUAA